GUACCCUGCUUGUAUGCGACCAUUGCAGUAGAUGGUGGCCGCAGCUGCGCCAGCGAUGAACCAUAGAAAACCGCCCAUUGGUAGUAGUGUUGUGGUCGUCACUAGUCAAGAAGUUUCCAGAACUCGUCAGAACUCGGAUGCAAAUCGAACAGUCGAUCGAUGACGUACUCAGAGGCAAUUCCGGCCCGGGAUAGCCCGGGAUUCAUUCCCCCGCCUCCACAUCAUCCUCCAUCUAUCGUCUACACCCUCGCUCACACCAAUUCGUCGUCAAUCGCUUCCCAGAUUAAUGCAAUCGCAGAUCGUGUUGCUUCCGGUUCUCAGCACUCGAAAUUUUGGCCACCUCUCGCACCUUUACCUACAUUUUUCAUGGAUUCCUUUAUGCUUUAUUCAGAAAACGACGACUACAUUUCCGCCCCGCCCUGCCCCGCCACGACGAUGCUCUUGCCAUUUUACGACCAGCACACUCCUUCUGAGCACCUUUAUUUGCGUGCCUCCUCAGCGUAUUCGACCUUGGUGCAGCUCUACGCGAGAUUAGACCAAUUGGACACAGCAUACACACGAUUCCGACGUUUCGGAAACGUAUCUCCGAUGUGUAUUAGCGGAUGCGAUGCGCUUGAAACGGUCCAUCAUGUUUUCAUUUCAUGUCCUACAUAUCGUUCCUUCCGCCAACAGGCCGCUCAAACACUCAUCACCGAGACAUCUCGUAUCCUGGACUCUGCAGAAGUGCCCCUGCUGAUUUGCAGGGCAUUUCUUCAUAUUGUCCAACGUCUCUUUGAAGAUGGCUCAAUAUGGCCCCAAUCGGUGUCUCGCUUCUACCUCGGUCUAACGCCAUCCUUGCCAACACCCCCUGGACUAAAAGGAGAGAAAACAAACCAAUUUGGGCCGAAUACAAACGAAGAGUACGUCCAGCCUCAACCAAAAAGAAUGCCAACACCGUAGCCAUACAAUUACCGUCCUUUUUAUCACAUAUCUCAUCUUUUUGACCGUUUUCCUUAAUACGUGUAACCUUACUUACAACGAGUUACCGAGGUAGACUAGUUUACGCUUAUUUACCUGAGCUGUAUCAGCAGAGGUGGCCAAUCAAUGUAGUUUUUCUUGUUCGAAAUAAACUGGUGAUGGUAAUUAU